AUGGCAUCACCCGGCAGCCGAGCAGCCACUGCGAUCGUUAAGGGCUCGGGCCACCGCGAUGCUGACGAGGAGGCGCUUGCGGCAGCACUGGAGGAGUCACUUGUACCCGACUUUAUGGCUGAGAUUCUGCACUCUGAAGACAAAAGACGCCGUCAAUUUGGACGCAAAAACCAAUGCGGUCACGUGCCGCUUCGAACGGCGACGAACGGCCGAGAACUGGAGCAGCAACAACGAAGAGAAGCAGAAAAUGGACAAGAAGGUGAAGACGACGACAGUGAUGAUGAUAUUAAAGGCGUAAAAGGGCCGUUUUCUCACGAUUCUGGAGCAGUCGUAUCGGCAAAAGAAAGUCUGCUGGACAAGGAGGAGGAAAUAGAAGAGGAUCCCAAUGAGCACCACACGAUGCUGAACCUCGCUGACAUUCUGCUCAUCGACAUUCUCAAGUGGUUGGAUGAAGAUUCCGUUGGCAUCUGCUCGUGUACGUGCAAGCGGCUGCUAAACGUAGCUCGGUCGGAGAUUCUCUUUGAAGUAUUUUGUCGACGUAUUUAUCCCGUGCAGAACCCUAGAGCUGCUGUGGCGGUUGCACGCAACAAGUUUGGGCUGCGUCGUUUUCCGACGUGGUUUGAUAUGUUUCACGAUAGACCGCGGGUGCGUUAUAAUGGAUUUUAUUGGCUCAAGGUGUCGUACUACAAAAAGCCGGAGUUGAGCAUGUGGACGGACAUUGUGCCAGGCACGAUCUUGAAGUGUGUAUACUACCGCUACUUCUCGUUCCAGCGAGACGGCACGGUGUUGUAUGGUAUGCUGUUCAAAGCUCCACACGAUGCCGAAGCGCAUAUUCGUAACCAACGCAAGGGCGUGUACAGCGGAAGAUUCUACGUCGACAAAAAUGAGCUAAUGGUGACAGUGCCCACAAACUGCAACGAAGUGAAUUUUCGACUAACGAUCACGCAACGAGAGCGUGGCAGAAACGUGAAGCUGGUGCUACAGGAACAUUUUGCUAGCUCGGAGCCCGACGGCAGCGGUCGAAUCAGCUACUACGACACCGCGGAAGAAGAGUUCUACUACUAUCGGUUGUGGAAUCUGUGA